AUGCAGCCUGUAUAUCGGACUGCAUCUCGGGCCACGGACACAGUUUUCUCCUAUUUCUCGAGCUCUGUGCCACCUGAAUCGCCCCCUUACCGACGUGGCCCUGGUCAAGCCAGACAAGGCAGUGAAGAUGCUAUCGAGAGCGAAUACCGUGGUCAAUCUCAGUACUCUCCAUCUAUUGCUAGCUCGAGGCCUAGUACCGCUUUGAUAACAGGUUCGACAACCACUUCUCGUCCGACAACUCCCUCGCGCCGCUCUCGAAGUGGUGCCACGCCUUCUAUCCUUGGGCAGAGUGAAUCCCACGAUGUCGUGUGCGCAGUGAGCGAAGCACGUAGCGUCGCUCCCACUGUGGGUAUUGCUACAGUCAACUUGUCUCUCGGUGAAGCUACGCUCAGCCAGAUUUGUGACAACCAAUCUUACGUGAAGACGAUCCACAAGCUUCAGCUAGCCUCACCUUCUCGCAUAGUCUUCAUGCCCUCAGCCUGCUCCCCGAACGAGCCAAGCACAUUUUUCACUCUUGUUCAGCGACUGAUACCCGAGGCGGAACUGUCCUCUCAUGAUCGCUCGGCCUGGUCGGAAUCCGCGGGCGUGGAAUUCAUAGAACACCUCGCCCCCGAGGGUGAUGUUGGACCAAUCAAGGUGGCUAUUCAUGGCAAAUACUACGCUGUCUGUUGUUUCUCUGCCGCCAUGAAAUAUAUCGACCACCAGUUUAGCAUCAGCUUCUCUCCACAGUCACUGCGCAUCCGGUACCAGCCUUCCGAAGACACAAUGAUGAUAGACAUAUCCGCUAUGCAAUCAUUGGAGGUGAUGCGAAACCUCAAGUCUGCAAAGUCAAAAGAAUGCCUGUUUGGGCUGUUGAAUCACACGCUCACCCCAAUGGGCUCCCGUGUCCUUCGGAACAAUAUGCUGCAGCCCCCAACCGAUUUUGACGGCUUCAUCAGGACACGAUACGAUGCGCUCGAAGAGAUGGUCACUAAUGAGGAAAUGUUCCAUGAAAUCCGCAAAGCUCUCAAGCUCUUCCAUGAUAUUGAGAAGACUCUUACAAAGGCAAUCACAAUCAGAAAAAAUACUGGGGUAUUUGCAGUUGAGGAGCAAAUCACUCAUAUACUCAUGAUCAAAUCGUUUCUGGAAUCGGUGCCGGAGCUUUACAGGGCCCUUCAUCCGGCAAAGAGUGACCUGCUCGUCAAGAUACGGAAUCUAUGCCGUCCCGAGACGACAGUUCCCAUUUUGCUCAGCAUCAGAAAGGUAAUCGAGGCCGACGUUACUUAUAUGAAGUCGCCACUUGACCUACGCAAUCAAAGGGCAUUUGCAGUCAAAUCUGGGAUUAGCGGCAUGUUGGAUGUCGCUCGCCAAACAUACAGAGAACUCACCGAGGUUAUUCAUGCACACUUGGCUGAAGUCAGCGAAGACUAUCGUGUGGCGGCAAGCCUGAAAUUUGACAAUCGGCGCAUGUACUGGUUCCGUAUCCCUACGGCGGACCUUGACAUGGAAUCGAUACCGCCAGAGUUCAUUAAUGUGAUUCCGAAGAAGAACCACAUCGAGUGCCAGACCCUUGAUCUCGUCAAGCUAAAUCAGCGACUUUUAGACACCUCAAAUGAGAUUAUCAUGAGAAGCGACGCUGCCAUUCGUGACCUCGUCAAGGAACUCCGACGCCAAGUAUCGCCUCUAUUUCGAGUGUGUGAGUCGAUUGCUCUCGUGGACAUGAUUUCGUCCUUUGGUCAAGUCACCACCACGCGGGAUUAUGUGAGGCCUGGAAUAGAAGAUACCUUGGCUCUGAAGUCAGCAAGGCAUCCCAUUCUGGACAAGAAAAUGGCGAGCGAUUAUGUGCCAAACGACUACUAUGCGAGUCAGCAUCAUAGAUUUCAUUGUGUCACGGGGUGCAACAUGAGCGGCAAGAGCACAUACAUACGAUCUGUAGCUUUACUUCAGAUCAUGGCUCAGAUCGGAUGCUUCGUCCCAGCAGAAUUCGCAACCUUCCCCAUCAUACACAACAUCUUUGCCCGAAUAUCGGCCCAAGAUAAUAUAGAAGCGAAUCUUUCAAGCUUUGGAGUGGAAAUGAGAGAAAUGGCCUUUAUACUGAAGAACAUAGACAGCAAGAGCCUCGCCAUCAUUGAUGAACUGGGUCGUGGGACAAGCGUCAGAGAUGGUAUGGCAAUUGCAAUGGCCAUUUCCGAGGCGCUGAUUGACACCGGAGCGUCUAUAUGGUUUGCAACCCACUUUGUCGAGCUGGCUCGAAUACUUGCGGAUUGUCCAGGAGUCCUGAAUCUCCAUCUUGCGUCCAAUACCUCGGUCGGUGAAGGGGGAAUACCUCAGCUGACAAUGCUUUAUAAUGCCACCGCAGGUAUUGUUGACGAUGAACACCACUAUGGCAUUGCUCUGGCCCGCGCUAUUGGAAUGCCAGACAGUUUCAUCAAAUGUGCAGAGUAUGUUUCAAACGAUCUGCGGAAGAGGCGAGAGUCGAGCCGGCAGAGCUCCGAGUACUACAAGGAAAUGCAGCGGAACAAACUUGUGCAGAACCUUCAUGAGGCCCUUGAGGAGGCCAAGAAGUCUUCGAAUAAGGAGGCUCUUCCUGGCUAUCUCAAGCGGCUCGAGGAUGAGUUUAUCUUGCGCCUCAAGGAAAUUGACGAGAUGUGA